AUGAUCAAUGUCUUUAAGGAAUUACAAAAAUAAAUAAUUUUGAAUAGUGAAAGUUCUAUUACUGUUAAAACCCUUUAUACUAUAUUAUGUUAUUUCAACGAGGAGAAAUUAAAAAAAUUUUAAAAUGGAAUAACCAUUAAUGGAAUAUUUCCUCAUAAUCUAUGUCCUUAGAAUUGUAAAUCUAAUUGUAAUUAUUUACACAAAGAUUGGGAAAAAAAAAGUAUGUUUUAAAUAAUAUUGUUAAAAUCUGUCUUAAUAAAAAUUGUUAAUUUGAACAUAAAGAAUGAGAGUCACUAUAAGAAAAAGCAAAAGAUUGUUCAAUAAUUGAAUUUAUUACUCCUGAGGAAAUAUUUUCUAAAGAUAUAUAUGAUUGUGGAAAAUGCUCACAUUUAUUGAAUGAUUAUUGUAACCUUUUGAUAUAGGGUUUGUGUAGAAAUAAAAAGUUUUUUAAAAUCAUAAAGAUUAGGAAAUAUUCUUAACAAAAUGAAUUAAACAAAUUCUUUAAAAUCUUGUAUAGGAUUUUAAAAAAAUUUAUUUAGUUUUUAUUGCUUAAGAAAGAAAAAAGUAAAUUCAAACUACAACUGAUGAAGUGUAAUUAUUUUGCUCAUAAUCAGAAUUUUUUCAUUAUUAAAAGAGGUAUGAUGAAUAAAAUAUUAUAGACAUUGUUUUUAUUAUGGAUUUAACGAAUCUAUGA